CCAGCCGAGAGACAGAGAGAUAGAUAUAGAGAGAGAGAGAGAGAGAGAGUGGAGAUGUCGACGAUGUCGGAGAUGGAGAGGAGCUCGACGGAGAUGGAGGUGGGCUACGAGGAGACAGCGCUGACCCUCGGCCUUCCCGGGGGUUCGAGGGCUGGCGGAUCGGACCAGCAAGAGAGGAAGCACGGCUUCUCGGAGACCGCAGAUCUGUCGCAUGGGAGCUCCGGGAUCGAGACACGCCGAGGAGGGGAUCUCGGCGAUGAGUCGCCGGAUUGCGCGGCUUCCGGCGCCGGCAGACCCCCAGCGUCCAAGGCACGAGUGGUGGGUUGGCCGCCGGUGAGGUCUUACCGGAAGAACGCGUUGAGGAGCUGCACGUAUGUGAAGGUGGCGGUGGACGGCGCACCUUACCUCCGCAAGGUGGACCUGGAGACCUACUCCGGCUACCACCAACUGUUAAUUGCCCUCCAAGAGAUGUUCUCCUGUUUCACCAUCCGCGACCGGCGGCUGGUGGAUCUCGUUAAGGGGACGGAUUACAUCCCCACGUAUGAGGACAAGGACGGCGACUGGAUGCUGGUAGGAGAUGUCCCCUGGAAAAUGUUUGUGGCAUCAUGCAAGCGGCUUCGGUUGAUGAAAAGCUCAGAGGCUGUUAAUAUAGCCCCAAGAGCACCACAGUGAUGCAAGUUUCAUCAGUUGCACAAACAAAAGAUGAUCUGGGAUAGACAGCAGGUUCCCCAGUACAAAAUCAUGUACAGGGAUUGUUCUUCCCCUGAGGUUUGAAUGGUCAAGAAGAGACUAGAAAUAAGUGAUAUUGCUGUAACCAUUAUACCCUUUUCACUUGAGAAGAGGGAAAAAAAAAAAUGUAUACGGAAUAGCUUGUUUUGCGAUGAUGAGUAAGAUCAACAUACAUAUGUCUUGUUAAUAUAUCUCAUUUCUAUUGCUUA